AUGCAUACAGGUCUGUGCUCGUACUGUAGUCCUAGCAUAGCAAGCGUGUCCCGACCCCUAUUCACCCUGUUCACCCCGCUCUUGGCCGCUGUGGGACAGUGGUGGGCAAGGCUAUGGAAUAUAUUUGAACUAUAUGUCUGUUCCUUCUUUCUUCGUCGUACCUGUGUCUGUCUGCAUCAGCUUUGCAAGAUGCGCGUCCUUGGCAUCUUCGUAUCUAUAGCGGCUGCUUUGCUCAAUGUCGCCGUCGCAGAGUCUGAGACCACGCGGUUAGUAGAGGCAUUCACGAAGGUGCCGCCAUGUGCUCAAAAAUGCGGUGUGGUAACGCUAAAGGCAGCCGGGUGCGACCUGCUUGACGUUAGAAAUUGCUUUUGUUUGAAUGCGGACUUGCAAUUACAAGUAUCCGUCUGUGUCGUGGAAACAUGCAAAGUUGAAGACCAAGCCGCCGCGACACUCAUUCUCCAAAAUGGAAUAUGCUACGACAUCCCACAACCUUCACGGAGUGCGGAGCUUAUACGAGACGUUAUCAUAAUCUCCUCAAUAACCUAUCCUAUUAUUGCACUGAGAUUUUUCUCCAGGAGCCUUGUAUCAAACAGAUUAUGGUUAGACGAUUGGGCAGUCGUGGUUGCAGCUGUCCUGAUGGUUCCGAUGGUUGUUAUUCCAAUUUACAUUGCUACACUCGGCUUCGGAAGGCACCUCUGGGACGUUGACCCCAAAAAUGUCAUAAUACUUAGGAAGCUCUUCUACAUUUCCCAAAUACUCUAUCUUCUUGUACAAGGCCUGGCAAAGGUCUCUAUUCUUUUUUUAUACCUCCGGAUUUUCCCCAACAGACAGUUUCGCCGUAUCAUACACAUAGCACUUGUGUGGAUGGCUUGCCGCACCAUUAUUUUUGUCUGCGUCAUCGUCUUCCAGUGCAUACCCGUCACAGCCUCAUGGGACCAGUCGGUGAUUGGAAAGUGCGCGGAUCAGCAAGCAUUUGCGUAUGUGGGUGCUGCAGUGAGCAUUUUUGAGGACAUCGUUAUCAUGUUCCUCCCAGUUUACGAGUUGCAUGGCUUGACACUGAGCCUGAAGAAGAGGCUCAUUUUGGGUUUCAUGUUUGCCCUCGGAUCUUUCGCUUCCAUCACUUCCAUUAUUCGUCUCAAAUAUAUUGUCUCGUAUGGCACGACUAUUGACGUGACUUAUGCCAACGUCAACCCUGUUAUAUGGAGUAUUCUCGAAUCAUUCACUGCAAUCAUCUGCUCGAGUCUCAUAUGCCUCCGCCCACUCAUUGUAAAAAUCUUACCCAAAUCGUUCCCAUCUACGGCAAUAAGCGAAUCAACACGCACCCCCACCACGCCCGGCUGGGCCAAGUCGAUAAAUGUGAAGCUCGCCAGCAAAAUGCGGCAUAGCAGUAACAGGUUCGAGCUUCACAGCCAAGGCGGCGAAGGCGGCGAAGGGUUGACGGCGGCAGAUAACGUUAUUCGAGUGCAGAGGUCAUGGGUUACGGAAACUAGCCCCGCUGAUAGGGCUGCGAGCUUGGAAAUGAAGGGCUGUAGUAGUAGUUGCGGCACGAUCACCACGGAAAAGAACUCGUGGGACCAGGGAGUCUAGGGAAUGGUUUCCGUAUCCCGCUAAUAUUAUGAUGUAUAUAACGUAUUUCACAAGCGAGUGAGCCACCCCAUUUUACACCCAAAAUCAUGAAUUUUGUAACUAAAUAUCUCAACAACUAAUCGUUGGUUUCCAAACCACCGCCUGGAGGCGGUUGGCGAAAGCGAUCCUUGCUGCGAAAGCGAUCCUUGCUCUCUCGGCAAACGCGAGCGCGUCCAAUGCGACAUCAGGACAACGCGACUAUCUGGACAACAAACAGCAAUGAACGUAGAUAUAAUUGAUUAAUUAAAUAGGUUAGGA